AUGGCAUGUGACAAAGAAGAGAAGUCCCUUGAUUCAACAAGCAAGGGCUCGGAGACUUCCAAAAACUCAGCAUCAUGGGAGAAGACAAACCACCCUCUUUUCCUCCAUCACUCGGAUCAACUGGGAGCUGUUCUUGUCUCACAGCCACUGAUGGAAGACAAUUACAUCAAUUGGGUGCAAUCAAUGACUAUGGAACUCACAAUCAAGAACCAGAAGGGUUUCAUAGAUGGAACGCUCACAAAACCAACACACAAUCUUGAUGAACAAAGGCAGUGGGAACGCUACAAUACUCUUGUUAAAACCUGGCUGCUUGGUACGAUGUCAAAGGAGAUUUCAAGCAGUGUCAUUCACUGCAGAGAUGCAAGAGGUAUGUGGUUAGAACUGAAGGAAUGCUUUUCUCACAGGAACACCGUCUCCUUGUUCCAAAUAGAAAAUGCCUUCCAUGAGUGUGAGCAGGGUACCACUUCUGUCAUGUCAUUUUCCACAAAGCUCAAGGCCUUAUGGGAUGAAAAGAAUGCAUUGUGUGGUUUUACUCGCAAUUGUGAGGCUGCCUCUGAAGUUAAGGCCUACAUCGAAACUCAGAAAACCAUGAAGUUUUUUAUGGGACUUAACGAGAGCUAUGCGCAGACACGGAGCAAUAUUAUUGGCAUGGAUCCCCUUCCUUCUUUGAACAAGGCCUAUGCAGCAGUGUUACGGCAUGAAAAACAGAUAGUAGUGUCCCAAGUGAAGCCGACAGCAUCAUCUGAAGCCUCGGCGUUCUCUGUUAAGAGGCAUGCACGUGAUUUCCAACCGAAAGAAGGAGAAGCCAAGUUUUGCGAAAAGUGCAACAUGACUAACCACAAUACCAAGAACUGUAGAUCACAUCUCAAGUGUACCUAUUGUAAUGGUAAGGGUCACACUCUUGAGUAUUGUCGUAGGCGAAAGAAGAUCAUGGUAGAAGGCCAAAGUAGUUCCAGAGCCAAUCAUGUAGGGUUGCUGAAUGAGAGCAAAGAGGAUGUGCCGACCUUUCCAUUGUCACAAAGUGAAUGCCAACAAGUCAUGGGGCUCUUAAGCAAACUCAAAAUAGCAGCUACUAAGACCAAUGAUGGGCAAUAG